GCUGGAAAUUAUGAAUGCGAAGGCGCCGUGCCGCUUUACUUCCCACCACGAUAUAGCGCUUCUUCAUUCUUCUUUAUUAUAUUUUGUUGGACCCUAACAGCAACAGUUUCCUUCGAGGUCUUAUGUAGAAGAGGCGAGCACAAAAACAUAACUUCAAAAAGAACUGGCAGUAGCGCGCAUGAGGCCACUCCACUGAAUGGAGCCACCUCAAAAUCCAAGGAGAAUAUUCGACUGACAGAAGAAAUGUGUGAGCAGGAUAGCUCGGAGGUGAUUGUGAAGGAGCCAAAAUCAACUAAAUCAAGCAUCGCAGGAAGUUCCUACGCCCUUGUGCUUUUUGCCACUGCGCUUGUUAAUGCUCAGAUGAAUGGUGUCAUCCCUAGUGUACAAAGUUAUGCUGCUUUGCCUUAUUCUCAGGCGACAUAUCACUUACCGGCAGUGCUCUUGGCCUAA